GUGCCGGGGGCGGUGGCGGCGCCGGCGGGGGCCUCGCCCGGCCGCGCGUCACAACCAAUCAGGACCCGCUCCUGGCCGCCAGACCAAUCAGCGGUCUCCGAGCCGCAGCCAACCGCGGAGCACCAGGGGCAGGGGCGCAGCUGGGCGCAGCUGGGCGCGGAAGCGAAGGGCGGCGGUGCGUUCCUGCCUGUCCGGCUCCGCCCCUGGCCUGGGCUCCGGCUCCCGCCUCACGGAAACGCGGCCCCUGUCGCCUCCCAUCUCAGGCUCGGUUUACUGUCCCGUGCCAUGGGCGAGGUCCUGCGCCGCUGGACCCAGAAGUGGGCAUUUCUUUAGCACGCACGGCCAAGCGCCUGCUGUGACCAAGGAACGCGAGUGAGGACGCCGAGCCGGGGCCAGGGAGCCAACGUCCGGUGGACACUUCGAACAGUGCCCCCCACUUGGGGCUGGUUUACACCGGGCCGUCUUAUCGAGCCCUCCCUGGCGCCCAGGUUCUGAGGACCGUGCGUACACCUGCUGUGUGCCAGCUCGUGCCGUGCGCCCGGGGAGGAGAAACACUGAGCUCCUGUCCUCCUGAGGGAGAGGACAGUAAACAGAUGAGAAUGACUCAGAGUCACAUUGUAAGAUUUGCACCCCGCUCAGAGUUGCCCCCUCCCCCAGUCACUGUGACAUCACCCUGCUUUGUGUUCGCGGUGCCGGUCAUGGGCGAUGAACUUGCAGUCUGCGUCUCCCCCACCAGAAGACAAGCUCCUGAGGCCCAGACUUGCUUUGUUCACAGUAGACGCUCGUUUACUGAGUUACUGCUUGCUGAGGAAAUUAAGCUCCGUUACAGGCUUUUACUUACCUCCGCAGGGAGCCGCCUUAGAGGCCACGGAAGGACCCUGAAGCGAGCGGAGAGGGGCGCUAAGAUCCCCUCUAGAUGUCUUUCAGAGGCAACAUCCUACCCUGGUUAUCUGAAAGUUGAAGCGCUGAACUCCUCAGCGGCCUGUCAUCCCGUCAUCUCAGGAUCCCUCUGGCUGCUUGUGGGGAAUGGAUUCAGGGACCAAAGGAGGCAGGAGACGAGGGAGGAGAUGACAGCAGUAGUCCAGGAAUGUAGAUACGAUGGCAGUGCUAGCACAGCCACUUCGGAACAUGCGAUGGAAACUGCUGGCUGAAGAUGGAAGUGCUAGAAGACAGAAAGAGUCUGGGUCCCUGACACCUCAGGUCACCAUCCAAACCCAGACUGCUUUCAUUCAGAUGGAUGUGAGAAGAACAUUAAUCAUUUUCUUGUCUUGAAGACACUUGUUAUUUGAGCCAGUCUUACAUCAUUGAACCUAUAUCUCACUAAUGCAUUUAUUAAAUGAAUGAAUGGAUGAUUGAAUGACAAAGGGCACAGUCAGAUCUAGACCCCCACAUGUAUAAAAAUGUACAAAGAUGAAACUCGAGCCUAGAUUGGAAGCAUAGUCCAAGUGCAGUGGAAAACUUCAUGGCCAGAGGAGCCAGUUCCAAACCUGGUGCUUCUGCUGUCUUGCUGUAUAUCCCUGGGUAACCCACCUGCUCUCUCUGGUCCCAGCACUCCUCGGUUGUAAACCAAGCUUAGCAAGUUCAUGGAAUCUAUGCAGUUUGAAGAUGUUCAUUGUUCUUUACAAUUCCACUUCUAGGAAUCCAUUCCCAGAGAAAUUCUCACCUCAUAGUCUAUGAACACAGGUGCAAGGAUAUAGCUUGGUUUGCGGAGCAAAAACUUGGAAAUAUCCUUAAAAGUGAUUAAGUAAACUAUGGAACAUUCAUGCUCCGGAGCGCUACACUGCUGACUGUGGCCACGAGGAAUUCUCUGGUGCCACCUGCCGGCACAAAAUGAUACUGCAGCCCAGCCCCGAGGCAUUGGGAAUUUCCAGGCCAAGAGAGGUUCCGGGCAGCUGGGAGGAUAGUUUGGGAAGUCACAGAGCAGGGAGAGAUUUGGAAGGAAGGUUAAGGCAAGGAGGCUGGCCUGGGUGUGGAGGCUGAGAGCAAUGACCUGGGUUUGAAUUCCAGCUUCACUACUUCCUAGCUGGGUGAACUUGGGACGUCCUCUGAGCCUCUGUUUCUUCUUCUAUAAAAUGAUAAUCCUGGGGUCCAAUUCAUAGUUGUCUGGAGAGGAUUCCAUGAGAGAAUUCACU